UCUUCAUUUUUAUACUCAAUGUCACGGGCUUUAUUGAACACUUAUCGUAUUGCUGCCAAACAAUAUCAAUCACCUUUGAAAGCUUCUUUCUAUACUGGGUCGCAACGAUUGAGUCAAUUCAAUGGAAACCAACAACAACAGGGAAGCAAAACUACCCAUUUUGGAUUUCGCGAUGUUGCUGAAGAAGAAAAGGAAUCUUUAGUACAUCAAGUAUUUGCCAAUGUUGCUGGAAAGUAUGAUGUGAUGAAUGAUGCCAUGAGUCUUGGUAUCCAUCGUAUCUGGAAGGAUCAAUUUAUCCGUUCCAUGGCCCCUGGACCUGGUACGAAACUUCUUGAUGUGGCUGGUGGUACUGGUGAUAUUGCUCUUCGGUUUUUGGAUUACUGUCGCAACAUUCAUCGUGACUCAACGGCUUCUGUCACCAUGGUUGAUAUUAAUCCUCAUAUGUUGGAAGAAGGCAAGAAGCGAUUUCAAACAACUCCUUAUGCUCAUACUCAUCAAGCAGAUUUUCUGGUGCAAAAUGCUGAAAAACUAGUGGAUAUUCCUGAUGAAUCUGUUGAUGUAUAUACUAUUGCUUUUGGGAUUCGAAAUUGUACUCAUAUUGAUCGUGUGGUCAAGGAAGCUUACCGUGUUUUAAAGCCUGGUGGUCGAUUCAUGUGUUUGGAAUUUUCCAAGGUGGAAAAUCCUGUCAUUGGAAAAUUCUAUGAUAUCUAUUCCUUUGAUGUCAUUCCCGCUCUUGGUCAAAUCAUUGCUAAUGAUCGUGAUUCUUAUCAAUACCUAGUGGAAAGCAUUCGCAAAUUCCCUUCUCAAGAUGACUUUGCUCAAUUGAUUCGUGAUCAAGGUUUCAAGACAAUUGGUUCUGGGUAUGAAGAUUUGACAUUUGGUGUGGCUGCCAUUCAUAGUGGAUUCAAGAUUUAGAUGAUUAUUAUUAUUAUUAUAUUUUUUUUUUAUAUCAUUGUUGUUGUUGUAUAUAGCAUUAUUAUUAAUAAAACACUAGACCAUGUUUUUUUUUAUAGAAGAGACUCAUACAUUUGUAUAAAGCUGCCUCUUGUUUUGUUGGAUGGUUUGUGAUGGAUGAAGACAAAAGAAAAGACUUAGAGCAACCUUUCCAUUGUUGGUAUUCCCUU